UCUUAAUAUUAAUAAUAUUCAUCACCUUCUUAAUAUGUAUUCUUUGUUUUAUAUUUUCUUUCUUCUCAACCACUUUCGAUCUCCUCCAUUUUCAACACCCACCACCAAAUCCCCAACCACUUUCUACCUGGGGCAAUCUACACUAUUCUUUCAACUUCCGCUUCUGGGUAGAAAAAAAAAACUGCAAUGGUAGAUUUCCUCAAUCCAUGCACCAUCCAAGUGGCUACGCUGUGUUGAUAUAACUAGUUGACAGGGUAAUGAUCAAAUAUCCUUACCUUUCAUGGAUUUUGGUAUCUGGGUAUGUUUUUGUUCUUUUCUUUUGAGAUUUGAACUAUGCCCUUUUGGUUUUUUCACGAUUCCUGCUUUGGGUUUUUUGAGUUCUGUAUUGGAUUUUGUUGAUUGGAGGAUAUGUUUUUUCGCUUCUUCUUAUGAUUUAAAAUCCCACUGAUUUGGUUCUUGUAAUUGGUUUUUAAUGAAUAUUGAUAGGAUAUUGGUGGUUUUUGGAAGUUAUACAUGGGUUGAUUUCUUUGUAUGGGAAGUGGAAGUAUUUUAUGAAAUUUGGUGGCAUAGAUGAUUACAGUGAUGAAAACCUAUAAAAAUAUAUCCAUUAAGCGUAGUGUAUCGUUUAACCGGAGAACACUGAGUACUGGAAGUCCAAGAUUCAGUCGAUUGAGUUGGGUUUCUCGUUGGUUUCAAGUACUGGUGGUGAUUGGCUCAUUGAUUUCAUUCAUCGUAGCCUUUUGUUGCGGUUACUUUUAUGUGCUUCCAAGUCUUAGUCAGGCCUUUCACGGUUAUAGCAUUUCCAAGUCAGAUGAUUCAGUUGGUAGUUGCAAUGUAUUUGAUGGAACAUGGGUUGCAGACAUUGGUUACCCUUUGUACAAUGCCACAGAAUGUCCGUUUGUGGAACGGGGAUUCGACUGCUUAGGUAAUGGUCGAAGAGACAAAGAUUACUUGAAAUGGAGGUGGAAACCCAAGAACUGUAAUAUUCCGGAAUUCGAUGUGCACAGUAUACUAGAAAAGCUUAGAGGAAAAAGAGUUGUUUUUGUUGGAGAUUCAAUGAGUAGAACACAGUGGGAGUCACUAAUAUGCUUGCUUAUGACUGGAGUGGAGGAUAAAAAGAGCGUUUAUGAAGUCAAUGGGAAUAAGAUAACCAAACAGAUAAGAUUUUUAGGUGUUCGAUUCAGUACCUUCAAUCUUACUAUUGAGUUCUUUCGCUCUGUUUUCCUGGUGCAACAAGGUUCGGUGCCAAGGCAUGCACCAAAAAGGGUCAAGUCAACACUAAAGUUGGACAAGUUAGAUGAUAUUAGCAAGCAGUGGGUUAAUUCAGAUGUUCUCAUAUUCAAUACAGGACAAUGGUGGGUGCCUGGGAAGCUUUUUAGUUUGGGUUGCUACUUCCAGGUUGGGAAUAUUGUAAAGCUUGGAAUGCCAAUUCCCACUGCAUUCAGAAUUGCCAUAGGCACUUGGGCAUCAUGGGUUGAGGAAAAUAUUGAUACAGGCAGAACGCAUGUCUUCUUUCGUACUUUUGAGCCAUCUCACUGGAGCAAUCUAACUAGAAGGAUUUGCAAAGUGACCCAGAACCCAGUUGUGGAAACCAAAGGAAGGGAACAAAGCAUACUCACAGACACUGUGUUGGAGGUUGUAAGCAACAUGACAAUUCCUGUAAACACAUUGCAUAUAACUUCCAUGACAGCUUUUCGAAGUGAUGCACAUGUGGGUAACUGGAGUGACAAUCCUUCCGUACCCGACUGUAGCCACUGGUGUCUACCUGGUGUGCCUGAUGUAUGGAACGAAAUUUUCCUUUCUUAUCUUUUUAUUGACAAUGGGCUUCCUCUCCAUUGACCUGGAGAUCAAAGUGAACAAAAUGCAUUUCCAUGCAGCUGUUCCUGAGCUAAAAAUUUCCAACUUAGACCGCAUCAAUGUGGAAUUACCUCUGGUUCUUCUGAAGCCCAAAUUCUGUGGUAAAUAUUGACCUCAAUUUUCAUUUUUGGUUAUUGGUUGUCAUCCGGCAACCCAGCUGGACUAUCCUGAAAUUUCAAGGAUGGCUCUGGUUUAUCUAAAGAAGUAGAGUUGCAUGUAUGCAGCAGUUUUGUAACAGAAACUUUUUUUUUUUUUUUUUCAUUCUUUUUCAAUUUUUGUUAUUAUUCUUUGAAAAAAACAAAAAGAUAAAGGGAAAAAAUAAAUAAAUAAAUAAGGGAAAAAGGAAAUCUGAGUAGGGGCUAAAUUUUUGUCUCUGAGAUGUAACAAUUUUGUUUAUAUUCACUCAUUAAUUUUGUUUAUUUUCACUC